UCCACGGCCUAGCACAGUGGAUAUCGGAUAGCAAGCCCGUGGAAAGACCGGAGUGCUCGGCAGAAGCCCGCUCCAAGGGCAGAGAUCUCGGGUGGAGGAGGCGGGCAGGUCCCACCCUGGGGAAGGCGGGCCGCGAGCCCCCGGCACCACCCCACGUUCAGCAAGGCCACGCGAAGAGGCGGGGAAGCCGAGUAACGGCCAACGUUCCCCGCUCGGGGCAUUCUGGGAAACGGUCGCGCCGCUCCUCAGUAAGGCCCUCAGCCCCGCCUUCUGGCCUGUUCUUAGCUGUCUCGACGAUUGCCUGUAGAGGACGGCGUUGUUGAACCACUAGUUUCUUCCCCCCGAGUCCCUGCGGAGGGACUUCUUCCCGAAAGGAGGAAGACGAAGAGGGUAGCACAGUCCUGCUCCAGUCCCAGCGAUGGGCAAAGGGGACAGUAGUCCUCGCCUCUACAGGCAGGCUAAGGAACAAGCCGUGCGGAGAGGCAGCCAGGGCGUAGAGCCAAGCCUUAAAGGAGCCGAGUCCCUUCCUCACACUGCCGGAUGACCCGGAUGAUGGCGGUAAGGGCAGCCCUAGUCCUAGUCCUGUCGGGGUGGCUGUCGCCGUUGGUAACUGGGACAGUGGCCGGGCCCGGCUCCCGGGCUCCCCCCCCUCAAGACGGCGAGUUCACAUUUUUGCUGCCCGCUGGUCGUAGGCAGUGUUUCUACCAGCCCGCACCAGCCAACGCCAGCCUGGAGGCAGAGUACCAGGUCAUUGGAGGUGCGGGGCUAGAUGUGGACUUCUCCUUGGAGAGUCCUCGAGGUGUGCUGCUGGUUAGUGAGUACCGCAAGUCCGACGGGGUGCACACGGUGGAGCCCACAGAGUUUGGAGACUACAAGCUGUGCUUUGACAACUCCUUCAGCACCAUUUCAGAGAAGCUAGUGUUCUUUGAACUCAUAUUUGACAGUUUACAAGAUGAGGAGGAUAGUGAUGGUGAUGGCUGGGCUGAUGUAGUGGAGCCUGAAGAAAUGCUUGACAUUAAAAUUGAAGAUAUUAAGGAGUCCAUUGAGAUGAUGAAGACAAGGCUAGAGAGAAGUAUCCAGGUGCUGACUCUCUUGAGGGCCUUUGAGGCAAGAGACCGAAACCUGCAGGAGGGCAACCUGGAGAGGGUUAACUUCUGGUCUGCUGUGAAUGUGGGGCUACUGCUGUUAGUAGCUGUGCUGCAAGUGUGCACCCUCAAAGGCCUUUUCCAGGAUAAGCGUGCUGUGCGCACAUAGCCCUCUCUGGAGAGGGGUAGCUUUGGGAGGGAAUGGGUGGGGAAGGGAGUCUCUCUUACCCAGGGUUUAUUCAUAGCCCUGGAUUUAGGAACAACUGUACUUCCUUGGGGGAAGCAGUUUAAAACUGACCAAGAAAGGCUCAGGGGGAACCUGGAGUGCUGGUUCCUCCCCUUUGUCAAGGACAUUAUAGUACAGAGAGGGUCUCUUGAUUUUUUUCCUGCAUAAAAGGAUGAGGCAGGCACAUAAAUCUGAAGGCUUCACAAAAGAUCCUUCCAUUCUUUGGAGCUCAGGAUACUCUGAACCUAAGUUGACAUUGAAACAGGCCUGAGCAUAAAAUGGCUAGGAGUGAGGGAGGGGGUAGUAUGGGACUUGAUGUCCUGGAGGGGCUGUUGGCUCCAUUACAGAAGAAAGAGAAGGGAGAAACAUGGACAUCUUUUGUUCCAAAGGUGCAAUCCCUCCCACCCUCAGGUGCCUUAAAUAUUGAUUAUUGUGGGGGAGACUCCCAUCUCACCAGGUUUCCUCUCAUGCCAAUCUAGGUAUGAUUCUUUAGAUUUCAGGACUUCUUGCCCAGAAUGUCGCAUGACCUUUUCCCCUCCACCCCUAGUUAUUUCAGUCCCUCAAAUGCCAGCUGCUCAAAGACAAAUAGGUGCCCAGGUCCAACAGAAAUAAACCCAGAAAUGGAGUGGGAACAAUUGGGGGCAAUCCCCCUGUGCCUUGCCAAGAAAUUUUAAUGAAACUCGGACGCUAUCAUGUGCUUGCCCAGGACUGUCAAGUUUAUUGGAGACAGAAUGGGUUCAGCCUGGAACUGCCUGCAGGUUGAGGCAGGGGGGAGGCUUUGACUUGUGGCCUAAUAAAGUCCAAAGCAACACCAGCAUGGCUGCAUCCCCAAACAGAGGACUUGACCUGCUAUGUCCAUUGAGAGAUUAUCUUCAAACUAAAUGAAGCCCCCUGGGAACCAACUGGCCAAGGGAAUAAGGAUAGUAUUAUUGGGCAGAGUUGUUAGCUAAAGGUAGAAAGGGGUGACUUCUGAGCCACAUGGAACAAAGUACCAGCUCUGGUUCAAUAAAUUACUCUUGGAA